UUUUCAUUGCCAACUAGUUUAAAAGGGGCAUUUCCUUGUGUGUUGAAGUUGUGUCGUCAUUCAACACAAUACUAGUGUAAAACGCAAUAAUAUUGAAUACUGCUUAUAUUUUUAAAAUCAGUGAAAUGGAGUUUCCUCAUUUAGGUAAACAGUGUGCAGAAUCGUCUUGUCAGAAAUUGGAUUUUCUUCCUGUAAAAUGUGAUGCAUGUGAGAAAAUAUUUUGUCACGAACACAUGAGUUAUAUGGGACACAACUGUGCCUCUGCCUACAAGAAGGAUGUGCAGGUUCCUGUCUGUCCCCUCUGCAAUAAGCCAAUCCCAGUUCGUCGUGGAGAGUCCCCAGACAUUGCUGUGGGGGCCCACAUUGACACAGAUUGCCAGUCCGACCCAGCCAAGAACAAACGGAAGGUGUUUACCAACAAAUGUUCCAUGAAAGGCUGCAAGGGGAAGGAAAUAGUAACGGUAGUCUGUAAUGAGUGUUCUCUCAACUUCUGCCUUCGCCAUCGCCACACUGCCGACCACAAGUGUCAAGGAAGACAGGCAGCAACGCGAAAUUUAGCUGCGCUUGAACAAAGGAUGAAUAAAUAUACAUCUGUAGAAAUAUUUGAAGUUGUUAUUGUGCAUGUGUGGCCGAUAUUUCCAGAUCGGUUGUUAUUCUAUUUUUCCUUUGUUCUUUUCUCAUUAUUUCAUCUUGUUAAGAAUGGGAACAACUUUCUUAUAAUGUUUGAAUGUAGUCACGAACACAUGAGUUAUAUGGGACACAACUGUGCCUCUGCCUACAAGAAGGAUGUGCAGGUUCCUGUCUGUCCCCUCUGCAAUAAGCCAAUCCCAGUUCGUCGUGGAGAGCCUCCAGACAUUGCUGUGGGGGCCCACAUUGACACAGAUUGCCAGUCCGACCCAGCCAAGAACAAACGGAAGGUGUUUACCAACAAAUGUUCCAUGAAAGGCUGCAAGGGGAAGGAAAUAGUACGAGUAGUCUGUAAUGAGUGUUCUCUCAACUUCUGCCUUCGCCAUCGCCACACUGCUGCCGACCACAAGUGUCAAGGAAGACAGGCAGCAACGCGAAAUUUAGCUGCACAAGCAGCUACGGCUCGGCUUGCAGCGCCAACCCAGACUCCUGCAGUUGCCUCCGUCCAAGGAAGUUUGAGUGAAGAUGAAGCACUGGCUCGAGCAAUUCAACUGUCGAUGAUGGAAGAGAAACACACAAACAAGAGCACAACUCCCGAGGAACAGUUGGCAGCGGAUGCAGCCCUAGCUCGGGCAAUAGCAGAGAGUGAGCGUACAGCAAGACGACCCAUCACAAGCAACACUCCUAGCAAUAGCCGGUCUAACUGUGCUGUUUCAUAAAACACUAAAAGCACACAAUACUGUUAUAGGCUACAUCCUUACAGCCACUAUGACACAACAACUUGGUAUUUUUUACACUGCCAAAUAUUUAAAAACACUGUAUUUAACAAAAUAGAUACUGUACAUUAAGUUAUUUUAGGCUGUUUGUUUUAUUGGAAAUAUCUACUAGCUUUAACUUAUUUAUUUUAAUUGUAUUUCUGUGACUCCUACAGCAUAAACCAUGUGGAAGAGAAGGUUGUGAAUUAAUAUUUCUGAACUUUAAUAUUGCUUUUAUCACUUAGUUCCUGAAUUCAUUAUUUCAUUGUAUUUUUAAUGUGUAAAACAUAAAACCCAGUGCAUAAAAAAGUAAAUUAAUAUCGCAUGCUUCUUGAUUUCUAUUUGAAACUCAGAAUUCUUUAGCUAAAACAAAAAUUAUGAAAAUAAAUAGCUUCAAAAUGUACGUGAAGAGAAAGUAUAAAUUUUUAUGUUACUAAAUUUGUCAAUAAUAGGGCCUCUCUGCCAAAUGUAUAUAAGUAGAACUACUGUUUUCCAUCAUGUCUUGUAUUGUCAUCAGUUUUGUAAUAUUCUAAUCAAUGUGAUUGGUUUGUACAGCAUAAGAAUACAUUGGCAAGUGUGAGAUUCGCAUGCUUUGACUGGAAAUAAAAGAUUGAAAUAAAUUUAUGUAGGCCAUAUAAAUGUAAAUUUCAAUCAAUUAUAACUAGACUACUUGUGUAGUAGUUCUGUCCUCAAUUAGCCUAGUGCAACAAUUGUAUUAAAAUACUGUUAACUUCAUCAUCAGACACCAAAGAAAUAUAUGCAUUUUUGUUAUUCA